CUCCCGGCCCCCGUCCCGGUCCCGGGCGGGAGGAGUCCCCGCCGCCCCCCGCCCGCUGAGCCCGGCCCGGCCAUGGGGGCUCUGACCAGCCGGCAGAACGCAGGCGUGGAGGAAGUGGAUAUCCCCGCUAAUUCCGUCUACAGAUACCCCCCGAAAUCCGGGAGUUACUUCGCCAACCACUUCAUCAUGGGCGGGGAGAAGUUCGACUCCACGCACCCCGAGGGGUACCUGUUCGGCGAGAACAGCGACCUCAACUUCCUGGGCAACCGGCCCGUGGUGUUCCCUUAUGCUGCUCCACCUCCUCAGGAACCCGUGAAGACCCUCAGGAGUUUAAUCAACAUCCGCAAGGACACCCUGCGCCUCGUCAAGUGCUCGGAGGAGGUGAAGACCCCGGGGGAAGAAGUGAGCAAAGCCAAGGUGCACUACAACGUGGAGUUCACCUUCGACACGGACGCCCGUGUGGCCAUAACCAUCUACUACCAGGCAACUGAGGAGUUCCACAACGGGGUGGCGAGCUACACCCCCAGGGACAACAGCCUGCAGUCGGAGACGGUGCACUACAAGCGGGGGGUGUGCCAGCAGUUCUGUGUGCCCUCCCACACCAUCGACCCCUCCGAGUGGAGCGAGGAGGAGCUGGGCUUCGACCUGGACCGCGAGGUUUAUCCCAUGGUGGUGCAGGCAGUGGUGGAUGAAGGAGAGGAGCACAGUGGGCACUGCCACGUGCUGCUGGCCACCUUUGAGAAGCACAGUGAUGGCACCUUCUGCGUGAAGCCCCUCAAGCAGAAGCAAGUGGUGGAUGGUGUGAGCUACCUCCUGCAGGAGAUCUACGGCAUCGAGAACAAGUACAACACACAGGACUCCAAGGUGGCCGAGGACGAGGUGAGCGAUAACAGCGCCGAGUGCGUGGUGUGCCUGUCGGACGUGCGGGACACGCUGAUCCUGCCCUGCCGCCACCUCUGCCUGUGCAACACCUGCGCCGACACCCUGCGCUACCAGGCCAACAACUGCCCCAUCUGCAGGCUGCCUUUCCGAGCCCUGCUUCAAAUCCGAGCCAUGAGGAAGAAGCUGGGCCCGCUCUCGCCCACCAGCUUCAACCCCAUCAUCGCCGCGCAGAGCUCGGACUCCGAGGAGCACUCGUCCUCGGAGCACAUCCCGCCGGGUUACGAGGUGGUUUCCCUGCUGGAGGCCCUCAAUGGGCCCCUGACGCCGUCGCCGGCCGCGCUGCCCCUGCGGGCCCUGGGGGACCCCCCCGGCGUGGGGACCCUGCCCUCGUACGGCAGCGAGGGCCCCCUGCCCGCCCUGAGGGCCCUGGCACCCCUGGAGCGCCUGCCCGACUGCGGCCCCGGGGGGCUCAAGCUCAAGAGGAGCAUCUCCAAGUCCAUCUCACAGAAUUCCUCCAUCCUGCCCGAAGAGGAGGAUGAGAAGUCGUGCACUGAGUCAGAGCUGAGGGUGGCCAGGAGGAGAUCCCCAGCCCGGCAUGAGGAGGAAUGUGGUGCAACCCCAGAGAGUGAAAACCUCACCCUGUCAUCAUCAGGAGCCAUCGACCAGUCCUCGUGCACUGGGACACCCCUGUCCUCCACCAUCUCGUCCCCAGAAGAGCCCGUGAGCAGCAGCCUGGCUCAGUCCGUCAUGUCCAUGGCCUCCUCCCAGAGCCAGCACUCCCAGCUCAGCACCGACACCGUGUCCUCCAUGUCUGGCUCCUACAUCGCCCCUGGCACGGAGGAGGAAGAGGAGGAGGAGGAGGAAGAGGAGGGGGACAUGCUCCCCUCGCCCGCGGCUGCGAGCGCCACAGCCUCUGAUGGAGAGUCAACACCUGUGGAGUCCCCAGAUGAUCUGAACUUUGUCAGCAUCUCUGCCGAGGAGCGCGAUGCUGAGGGCAACGAUGUGCUGGAGGACGAGGACGCCUCUCCCACACAGGAAGACGGCCCGAGGACAGGCGCUUUCCUCGGUCUGAGCUGUGACAAUAACAAUGACAUGGGCAUCGCACACGUGAGAGCGCUGGACAAUAAACUGUGCUCUGAGGCCUGCUUACCUGGCUCCUCCGUCUGUGUGAAAGUUCAUGUUCGCUCUGUGCCAACACGGUUUCCUCCACCCACGCUUGUGCCCCUUCCCUGCCCAGAGUUGCCCAAAGCCGCCGUGCCGGACUCCUGCCCCAUUAACAUUGAGGAAUAGGCCCAGAGGCAGCCAACAACAACGUGGGGCUGCAGCAGCCCCGGCCCCGCUGCCCCCCUGGCCCCCCGGACCCGGCAGCGCCCGCCCUGCCCGUGUGAGGGCCCAGCCUGGGGGGCACGGAGCCCCCUGCCCACCCAGAGGGACCCCGGUGUCCGGGCACCCUGGGCAUCGUCACCGCCACCCCUCGGCUGUACCAGGACUGAUUUGCAAAAGAAAAGACGGUAACCUCGACUUCUCUGCGGGGGCUGAAAGCCAUGUUACCUUGGAGCCCCCCACUGGCACCUUCCCUUUCUCCAGCCCCAACAGGGAUGGGCUGGGGUCCCUUCCUGCGCCCUUCUCCAUCAUCUUACACCCCCAGGCUCCUCUCCUCCAAAGUGUGGAGCAGAUGGGACAGGGUCACCUCACCAAGGGGUUCUGGGAUGUGGGUGGAUGGGGACAAUGGGAGGACGCUGUUCAGGGCCGUGGGUUCUAGGAUGUGUUGGGAUUGGCAUCCUUGGUGCAUGAGCUGCUGACUUCCAUGGGGGGCUGUCUCCCCCCAGGUUUGCUGGCCCAUGCCCCUGCCCUGCCAUGAGCUGUCCCCAUGCCAUGGGAUGUCCCCAUUCAUGCACUGGCAGUAACUCUGCCCCCACAGCUGCCCCUCGCUCUGCUCUCCUCCUGAGCAGCACCUGGGCUCCUGGGCCUGGCCCCAGGGGUGGGCAGGAGGCCUGGUACUGCCCCCAGCCCAUCACCAGCCCCUGGGCAUUGACAAUUUAUCCUCUGUCUUCCAGCCUGCUGUGAGCUCAGGGCUCUGGGCUGCGCCCUCUCUCUGGAACAAGUGCCAAAAGUGUCACCCCAUGCCCCCCGUCCUGCCCUCCCCAUAACACGUUGUAGCAGGGGGUGGAUGAGGCUGUGGGGGCUGCCCCCAUCUCCAUCCCCAUCCCUCUGGCCAGCACUGGGCUGGCAGCAUAAGUGGAUUUACUCCAAGGGCAGACACACAGGGAUAGUAAAGCAGGAGGGACAAAGCCACAGACCUUGGGGGGCUGCUGGGGCCACUGGCAGAGGCCAGGCUCCGCUCCAGAGAGCAUCAGGGACAGGCAGGAAUCACUUGGAGCAGCAUCAGACCCUGCACCCCAAUCUAGCAGGCUCUGGAGCUGUUUGGGGCAGCCCAGGGUGGGAGCUGAGCCUCCCUUUCCCCCCUGGUUUUGUCACAUGGCCGUGGCAGCAAAGGCCACCUCCUCCUGCUCUUUGCAGGACAGGCUGCAUUUCAGAGCCACCUUAGCACAGAGAUGUUCCUGCACUGAAGCAGGGUCCCUGGAGGGGUGGAAGCAGGUUCCCAGUGCCAUCCCCACGGCAGAGAAAUUGUGCUGAUGAUGACUGUGGCUCCUUGAGAGGGAUGAAGCCCUUUUGGGGGCUGGGGGUGUUUUCUCUGCCUUGCUCUGUGUGGGUCCUGCCAGAGGUGGGUUUGGAGCCAACCAUCCUGCUGCUUUCUCCUCUGGGCUGGCUGUGUCUCCUCUGAGCUCAACAGCUCCCAAAUUCCCCCUGGGAACGCAGGGCUGGGUGUUUGGUCUCCAAAACGCCAUCCUGUGGCAUGCCAGGUGGGAGCUGCAAACACAGGGAGGGCUCAAGUGGUGGGGACAAGCCCUGUGCCCCUUUUGGGGACAUGCUGGGUGUCCCAGCCCUAAGGAGCAGCACACAGGAGCAGCUUUGGAGGUUCACCAUCAUGCUGAGCUGAGAAAUCCUCGGCAGCCAUCUCUUCCCUAAGCCUCCAGCAUGGGCAGGGGAGAGAACAUCGGGCUGCUGCUUCUCAUCUAGCAAAGCCCAACCUUCCUGGUGGCUCCAGAGGGGACAAGGACAGCUGGCCUGGCACCCUGGCACAGGCAGCAGAGCAAGGAGGGCUUGGGAGAGGCCGGGAGGGUUUUCUGGCUCCUCUGAGCGGUGUCCCUAGGGCUGCAGCAGCCAGACAGACAAACAGACAGACAGACAGCACGGGGUGGCUGCAGGAGCGAUGCAGAGGAGCCGGGAGGAUGCUGCGGCCGGGCUGUGAGCAGGGAAUCAUCCUCUGGGUGGCACAGGAGAGACGGGAUUUGGGCACGGGCGGCAGCAGCGCCGUCCUCGGCCGCCCAGGAGGGGUUUGGGCAGGCAGGAGCUGCCAGGGGUGGAGGGUGACAGCCCCUCGUUCCAGCGACACACCUGUCAGGGAUUUAAGGAAGGAAACCAGACUGCUGCUUAUGAUUUUGCUUUGAGCAUGUUUUGGAUUUUAAGAGUAUGUUUAAUAAAGGGUAUCUUAUGUCGACAAA